AACUAAAAUCAACUGUACUGAUAUACUUUGCUAUGAUUUACUACAUUUCACAACACAACAUUGUAUGACAUUACAAUAUGUUACACCACGCUACACUACACUACGCUGCGCUAUACAAUACUAUACUAUACUAUACUAUACUAUACUAUACUAUACUAUACUAUACUAUACUGUGCUAUGCUAUGCUAUGCUAUUGUUUACUAUGCCAUUCUUUGCUAUGCUUUGCUAUACAGGGAUUAUCAUUUAUGUUGUUGGUUCAGUUCUAAAUUAUCCUGGUCCAGUUUAAUUCUGCAUUAACUUAAACGCCUUGUCCACACAUUCAAGGCCAUGCAUAACCUCGCCCAUGAUCUCCUGAACUCUGACAGAUCUGGAUCCCUGCCAACCCUCCACGUCCUCCACCCAUGUUUCUGUAUCUCCUGCUCAUCUACCAUAGGGCCCAGAGCAAUCAAUCGCUCUGCCUCUCACCUCUGGUGUUCUCUCCCUCCAGACAUCAGAACAACUGACUCUCUUCCACACUUUAAGCCACAAACCCAGUGCUUUCUUCUUAUGACUAUCUGUUAACCUGUCUUCAUUGUUUAAUUAAUAAGGUGCUUUUAUAUUAUAAUUCCUUAUUGUUUUUUGUUGCCAUCUUUCAUUUUAUUUAAUUUUAAGGUGUCCUUGAAUAUCAUGAAAGUGUUAUUAUUAUCUUGUUUGGACCUUGAUACUGUAACACUGGCUAUAUCUGAGCUUUUUUGAGCCAACAUGACUUCAUCAUGAGGUCAUUUACUGUUUUACACAUGGACAUGCCACACAUUUCAGCCUAAGCCCCUUAUUAGUGUGAGUUAAUGAAAUGUCGGCAGCAUUUCUAAGGUUUCCAUUCAUCUGACCAAAAAAUUGACCACGCCACGCUUCAUUAGACUAUUUGAAUCAAAACCUUUUGCAGUCUUUAGUCAUUUAAAGUACCUUCGUGACCACGCAGCAAGGAAAUCAGCCUACAAACUUUGCUAUUGGUCUCCUGUAAAUUACCGGGGGGUUCUGAUUGGUUUGCAGUUUGAGGUAAAGCUUUUGACCAGCCAAUAGACUGUAAUCAAGUUCACUGAGUUGGUGGAAAAACUCCUCAGGGAUAGCGUAUAAAACCAUGAGCUGUGAGAGAUCUCUGCAGAUGCUCAACUCAGCUCAUCAUUUACUUCUUCAUUCUUUUCCAGAAGAAGAUCUAACGUUCUAAGAGAAACGUGACCAUGCUCAAACUCAGGACACUCCUUCUGGCUUGUGCUCUGAUUUUUUCUCAGACAGACAUCCUACAGGCUGCUUCUUCCAGGGAGUCCAUAUCAGAUGGGGUCACAUUAUUGAACAAGGAUGCUGAAACCUUACUCACAGCAAUCAAGGAGUUCAUGCAAAUAACCUCCGGCGAAUCGGCCCAACAAGCAGCUGAAGAGGAGAGUUUGGAAAGACCAGUGUCUAAGCGCUGCACCGGCUUAAGUACAUGCAUGUUGGGCAAACUCUCCCAAGAUAUUCACAAACUUCAAACCAGUCCUCGCACCAAUGUGGGAGCCAAGACCCCCGGCAAGAAGAGAGGUCAAUCCGAGCUAUAUGAGGGAGAAAGCAACUCGUUCAACCUGUUUCCAUCCACUCUGUCUGUCUGAGCGAACAUUUGCAUGUUCAUCUGCCUUUUUUCAGUCAAACUGCAUGUGGAAAAAAUGGACAAAAAAUAAAAAUAAGAAAAUAAAAUGGUUCUUUCUUUGAUUUGAUGACAAAUUUAAUAAAAACAAAAUUAAAAAGCACAUUUCCUGUUUGAUAACCCUGAUAACCCUAACCAAACCCAUCCUAAAAUAUACAUACUUUUUUUUUGCACAAAGCAUUCAACAGGAACAAUUUGUAAAAAUUAAACACUAAAAUUAAUGUUUAAAUGUGAGUAAGUGUGGAUGUUUAUGAUACACAAACAUUUAUUUGACUGUAAACUAAAAAAAAAAGGGAUUUGGGUUUUUUGGUUAAUUUGAUUCAUUUCAUCCCACCUACAACAUCACAA